CUUCUGCAUGUCCCAUAUAAGAACCCCACUACACCCGUCUAAGAUGCCUUUGUUGUCCUAGCAUACUUGUCUCUUUAGUGACAACUGACGUCCCCAACAGUUUGCUGUAUCUAAAGGUAGAACUUGUCCUGCAUGUUUUACAAUCUUGCAUGAAUCAAUCCUGAAGGUAAGAAGCUUUGAUAUCUUAUGCAGUAGACGUAGCCAGGUAUAGCUAUCUAAAUACUACUUAGCUUGGUAGAUACUAAGAUAGUUAAGUUGCAGUACUUAUUACAUGGAUAGGUAUGCAGCCUGACUGCACAGCGAUUUGUUUGGUGCUUGAAGUUUUGAAGGGUCUACAGUACAAAUAUACUAGACCAGGAUGGAAUGAAAACUUGUUCAAAACCACAGGCUAUCUUAUCAAUUUUAUACAUGAGUCCACCAACUUUUCCAGCUUUUCACACAGAGAUAUAAAUAACUCUACUAGUUCAUUGAGGGAUUGGUGAUGUUCCUAACCCCUGGACUGGCUGGUGGGGGGUAAGUUGGUUGGUUGAUUGCUUCCGCUUCGUAUUUAGCUAGUCAAACCCCGCCCACCUACAUAGUCCUAGAACAGCUUCUUCUGUUGCUGGGUGGAUGUCCAGGUAUGGAUCAUCUACGUAAAGAGAAACAACAAACACGCCGGGCUAUCACGGACUGCAACUCCGGCUUUACAUCAGCAGCUGCUUCAAGUUAGAUUGGCGGGGAUUGUAAUUCUUUUUAACAUCCGUGAGGGGCAGGAUAAAAUGUCUCAAAUAGAAUAUUGAAAGAUAAAUCAGACCAUAAAACUACUAUAUAUAUAUAUCAUCAACAACCGCCUCUCAUGAGGAUUUCUUGAAUUGAUCAUUCUUCAAAGAAAAUCAUACUGGUCGCUAUUCUGUAGCCUUCCAUUAUACUUGUUUUCUUCCCGAUGCUUGAUAAUUUCUAGAUUUUAAAAAUAUCACCCAGCCGCUCCUGAUUAAAAUCCUGUGUGAUCACAUUAAACCACCCGGCAAAUAACCUUUUUAACCACCGCACGCGAUCACUGAGCUGUCAAAUUUCCGUCGGAAAUCAAAACCAAAUAUACAGUCAACGGCAACCAUGAAAUCGUCCAUUCUCUCUACCGCCGCCCUCCUCCUCUCUCUCUCUAAGUUGACACUCUCUCAGCGAGUGAUGACCGUCGCAUACGACGAAGUCUAUGAUAAUGCAAACAUGGAUUUGUUAACGACGGCUUGCUCGGACGGAUCCAAUGGCCUUGUAACUAAAGGCUUUAGCGUCGCGGGUGAUCUUCCCAUCUUCCCCAGAGUCGGCGCUGCGUUCUCUGUUGGGGGUUGGAAUAGUCCCAGCUGCGGAAAAUGUUACAAAUUGACGUUUGAGGAGACCGGUGUGGAGAUCCCUGUGAUUGCAAUUGAUCAUGCUGGGAGUGGGUUCAAUUUAGCGAAGGAAGCCAUGGACGAGUUGACAGGAGGACGAGCAGCAGAGUUGGGAAGGGUUGAUAUGUCUGUUACAGAGGCUGCACCAGGGGAUUGUGGGAUGUGAGGAAAGUGAGUAGGAAUGUCGGAGACCGCACAGAGCUAGGGGGGUGAAGCAAAGCCUGAAGUGGAGGGUCUGUCAUCGUGGUUAGUUGACGCUUGAAUGAUAAUGCCGUUUUUCAAUCAUGUAUUUAGCAGGAGUAACUACCUCCCUCUAUAUUUAAUGGCAAGUUCAUAAAGGAUUUCCUUGACCACCCACCAAUGGCUCCAUUCCUGAUAUGGCAUGGGUACUAAGCCAUCCGUUAAGUAUGAAUCGCGUUCUUGAUGAAAAUGAUGGGAGUUUGCUGCGGGAUCAGCUCAGCCUGGAGGAUCCAGGGUCUACUAGGA